AUGCAGGAUUUAUUCAGAUAUUUCGUUUUAUUCAUUAUUUUUUCACUCGAAUUUUUACUUGGCAAAAAUAAUGCUGAACAAGAUUAUUAUGACAUUCUCGGGAUAAGUAAAUCAGCCUCAAAUAGUGAUGUUAAAAAAGCCUUCCGGAAACUAGCGUUAAAAUAUCAUCCAGAUAAAAAUAAGGAUGAAGACGCACAGAAAAAGUUUGUGAAAAUUGCUGAAGCUUAUGAUGUGCUCUCUGAUGAUGAAAAACGUAAACAGUAUGAUAGUGUUGGACAUAGUUAUUAUACACAACAGCCUGGUGGAAGUGGUGCUCCAGAUUUCGAUUUUAAUAGUUUCUUCCGAAACUUUGAUAUGUUUCGUCAGCACAGACAUACUGAUGAUCAUGGUUCGUUCUUCAAUUUCCGUGGUUUAUUUGACGAUGAUGAUGGUGAUGACGAUGGCUUCUUUUCACCAUUCGGCAGCAUGUUCCAUUCAUCAGAUGAAUCUCAUGGGUUUAUUAGACAUCAAGGUCAACAAAACUGUCAAACUCAAACCAUACGAAGAGGUAAUACAAUUAUUACUCAAACACGUUGUUCUUAA